AUGAAAAGUGAAACGUCGAAAAAACGAGAAGAAUCGGAUGACAUUUGUGCGAGUGACUACGCUAGCUCACUGGAAAAAAUUCGACUUCUGCCAAAUCUUCUACCAGGAGGACGUUUCCUGGAGGACAAAACCCAGCUGUCGUGUUCUCAAAAAAUGAGCGACAAGUCGAAGUCAGCAAAAAACCAAGAAUCGGACAAGCAUGCAGUCGCAGGAAAAAUAACUGAAGAAGGAGACCACCACGAGCACAACGACGACGAGGGCACAAAUAUUCCCAUCGCCAUUCCUAUUUCCACUUCGGAUCAGUGCUCAGACGAACGAAAACACAGUGAAGAACAGAAACACUCGGAUGAAGGCUCAAGCGAUGUGAUGCUAAAAGAGGUCAGCUGUAACCUUCCAUGA